AUAUCGAGAUGGGAGCAAAUCGAUUUUCGGGUAAGAGAAUCUCAUUCAACAGAUUCGAUUCAAAAUAUCAUACACCAUACGUACAAAAAUAUUUAACGUUACCAUAUCAUACACCAUGCGUUCAAAAAUAUUUAACGGUAGAUUUUCUUUGAACUAAAUGAAUUAACUUUGACUGUCAAAAUGAUGCGCUGAUCUGAAGUUUACUGUAGGAAGGGAGCUCACGGAGGGUAUGGCAAGGACCCUUAUGCACAGGACCUCGAGGUCGAAAAGAUAUGAUUACAUCAGAAUUACAAGAACCCACUUGGUUCAAGUCACUAGGUCACGUU